UCAGGCCACGAACGUCUGAUAGAUGUGACGGAUUUCGCAAAGCUCGUCUGGGUACUCUGGGGUAGCAUGGCGGCGCUCUUAUUUUACCGCGCUCCCAUGCGAAGUUCGUAGACGUUUUACCUUUAUGGUGUUGUUAGGCCGCUGACACGUCCGGCUGUUUUACCUUUGGCGCAUGCCGACUUGUUGACGCAGAGGUCAACGUAUAGUCUGCCUCUCUUUAUGUGUACACUGCGUUGUUGUGAACCACCAGCGUGAAGCAACACUGCUCGGAGCCAUGUCAGAAUUAGCAACGACCCAAGGAACCUGCCUGACAGAUUGUAAACAACCGGUCGUCUUUAGGCGUGCGCUGUCUUCGUGGGAGUGCUCGUCUUGGACACUGACAGACUGGGCUACCAAAACUCAGAAUGUGUCUUUGAAGUUCAGAGUUGGAAUUAAAUCUGCUACAGGUAUUGCGGCACAACGCUCACCCAAAAAGGAAGAGUUUCUGCGGCAUUAACACAGCUUACAUACGCCUUCGCACUUUCUUAUACCAUGGCUCCAUUGCAGGACUAUUUUUGCCGUCACGUGGCUCGUGUCAUUGUGUCUUGUUCUCUUCUAUUGGUGUUUGACAAGUAGAACAAACAGGCCUGUAAUGACGCGCAAAAUUCACCGUGAAUGCAAAAGAGCCCCUCAGUGGGAAACGGAAGGUACUCGGGCAUCGGCCACAAUGGGACAAUUCUCGCAGUGGAUUUCCGGUCUCACUGACAAACGAAAUGAGCUGGCCACUGUCGACGGGUCAAGCCAUUUUGCAUAUUCAAGUUACAAUUACAUGCACAAUGUGUUCAGAGAUUUCCCCAGUGUUCUAGAGUCCGUGGACUGGACUUCGUUUGGUUUCCCUGGCCGAAACGGUGCUGACAGCACUUUGUGGCUUGGAAGUGAGGGUUCAGACACACCCUGCCAUCAAGACACCUAUGGCUACAAUUUGGUCGCUCAGUUAAUUGGCAAGAAAUCAUGGACAAUGUUUCCACCAAAGGAUGGCAGCUGUCUGUAUCCAACCAGAAUACCAUUCGAGGAGUCCAGCAUAUUCAGCAUGGUCAGCUUCGGAGAAGUUGACUUCGUGACGUUUCCUGAACUUCAAUCAACAAGACCUUACCAUGUGGUGCUAGAACCUGGAGAUGUCCUGCUUGUUCCGCACCAUUGGUGGCAUUAUGUUUCUUGUCUCACAACUGCACUCAGCAUCAAUACAUGGAUUCCUAUGGACACAGACAAGGACUUCCAGCUGCUUGAAGCAGUCACACGGACUCUUGCCACUGCACUAAUACCAUGCUAUGAAGAUGAGGCUGAGCAAUGGGUGAACACAAAUGAGGAACUAACACCACCUGAACAAAACUUGGCCUACCUGCGGAGACUUGUGCAGCCUCAUCGUCUGGAGGAUAUCGCACCAGGUUGUGCAUCACCAGUCACAGAGCUUCCAUUCACAUGUGUCUCGUGUUUCAACUGGGAAGACUAUGCAAGUAGAACUGGCUCCACACUGUUGCAUAAGUACCACUCGGACAAAAGACAAGCUGCUGGCAGAGACAUAACUUCGUCGAGACGCAUCAUCAGCUGUUUUCUCGAUCCGUCUGUGGCAGAAGUUAUUUCAAAAAGACUCAAAGAACUUAUUAAAUAAAAUUAUCACUCCUUAUAAAUGAAA